AUGAGUCGCUUCUAUUUCGGCGACGACUCGCGUUCCGCAUCCAGCGACAACGAUAAUGACGACGAAGACAACCUCUCCACCCUUCCCUUCGCGACGCCCUUACGCCGGUCAGACUUCCUAGCCCCGAACUUCUCACCGGCAACAUAUCUCUCUACGCUCCACAACCGACACCAAACGCUCGAAGACCUGCGUUCGGAACUGCGGUCGCGAUCGCAGCUUCUCUCAAAGGAGCUGUUAGACCUCGUCAACAGCAACUACCAAGACUUCCUUAAUUUGGGAAACAGUCUACACGGCGGCGAAGAAAAGGUAGAAGAGGUGCGAGUAGGACUGCUGGGCUUCAGGAAGGAAGUUGACGGCCUGGCCGGUGUGGUGGGGAAACGAGAAGAAGGAGUCGGGGAGUUGCUACAAGAAAGGAGAGAUGUUAGGGCUAAAAUUGACUUGGGGAGGCGGCUGAUCGACUACGACGCUAGACUCAAAGAAUUGGAGGCUGAACUUUUGAUUGAGACGGCGGGGCACGAGACGAUCAUCCUCGGAGAAGAGGUCUCGGAUAGCGAGGACGAGGAAGAUGAAGACGAGGAAGAAGAGGGUUACGGCGUGUCGGUCGCCAAGUUGAGGCGGAAUGUUGUGCACUACCGGUUGGUGCUAGCAUUGCAGAAAGAGCUGGGUGAGCAUCCAUUCGUGGCAGCCCAGGCGGCCAGAAUAGCAAAGGUGCGGAGUACGUUGUUGAUGGACCUGAGUACUGCACUGCAGCAGGCCAAGACUGCUAACAAGUCUGAUGCUGGUCGCGUCAUGAAAAUUAUGAAGAUAUACGCGGACAUGGAGGAAUCUGCUGAGGCAGUCAAGGUCCUCAAAACACUCAAGUCACCAUAA